AUGCUUGUCCCACAAGGGGGAACCUACUUUCACGUCUGGUGGAACCAACUUUUUGCCCCUGAGAAGCAGCAGGAAAAUGCCAGCCAGCUGGUGACCGAGUUUGUGCUGGUGGGUUUCUCCAACCUCCCAGACCUGAGAACUACCCUCUUCGGGCUUUUCUUCCUCACAUACCUGGUCACCCUCAGCGGCAACAUCACCAUCAUCACCAUCAUCCAGGUGGAUCGGAGCCUUCACACUCCCAUGUACCGCUUCCUGGUGGCGCUGUCCCUCUCCGAGACUUCCUACACGCUGGUCACCAUCCCCAACAUGCUGGCUCACCUGCUCAUGGAGAGCCAGGCCAUCUCCAUCCCUGGUUGUUGGGCUCAGAUGUUCUUCUUCCUGGGCCUGGGAUGCAGCCACUGCUUCCUCCUUACCCUGAUGGGUUAUGACCGCUACGUGGCCAUCUGCCACCCCCUGCGGUACUCGGUGAUCAUGAGACCCACAGUUUCCCUCAGCCUGGGAGCCCUGGUUUUCUGCUCCGGCUUCUUGGUGGCCUCGAUUGAAACCAGCAUGAUCUUCUCCUCGCCCUUCUGCGGCAGCGACCGCGUGGAGCACUUUUUCUGCGACAUCGCCCCGGUCCUGAAGCUCAGCUGCUCGGAGAGCGCCGGCAAAGCGCUGGCCAUCUUCUUCCUGAGCGUCGUCGUGGUGCUGGUCUCCUUCCUCCUCAUCCUCCUCUCCUACGCCUUCAUCGUGGCGGCCAUCGUGAGGAUCCCCUCGGCAGCCGGCCGGCGCAAGGCCUUCUCCACCUGCGCCGCCCACCUCACCGUGGUCAUCGUGCAUUUUGGCUGCGCCUCCAUCAUCUACCUACGGCCCGAGUCCGGGGGAAGGCCAGACCAGGACCGCCUGGUGGCUGUGUUCUACACUGUGGUGACGCCGCUGCUGAACCCCGUGGUGUACACCCUGCGCAACAAGGAGGUGAGGGUGGCCCUGAGGAGGACCCUGGGGUGGAGCCACGGGGUUUUUAAGUAAGCACUUGAUCCACAUUCCCCUUCUAGCUUUUUCAUGAACCUACGUCCCGCCUGACGCUCAGUUUUCCCAGUUGGAAAACAGGGACCGCUCCCAUAGCCUUGAAGGAAAGAGGCGGUGGACGGUGGCUGAGACCCACCAUGAAGUCCCUAAAGGCUGCCUCUUCCUUUGGUCUUUGCGUCUUUGACUUUGCUGGGAUGCACGUCCCUCUGCAGUGCAGAUGGUGACCAGCAGAUGGCGCCACGGACCCUGCCAAGCCUUGGCGGGCGCGCAGGGUAGUGCGGGCGGCGAGCAGGGAGGGCUGCUUCCUCCUUUCGCUGCGGGGCUAGGACCGCUGUGUAGCCAUGUGCCAUCCCCCGAGGGGGUCGGUGAUCGGGGACCCAUAGUUCACCUCUGACCGGGAGCCCUGGUUUUCUGCUCCCGCUUCUCGGUGGCCUUGAACCGGCUGCCCCAGGCUUUGUUUGUUCGUCCUGUUAGAAUCGCAUCCUUCAAUGUAGUGGGAGGAGACCAACUAAACAGUAAGAGCCCCUUAGUGAUAAAUAGCUAGAAAAAAUAGAGCGCGAUGAUGACUAGAGCUGAUCUCAUGUUGAUUCUCCAGCUCUCUUCCUCUUGGGUCUUUUAUUUCUUUGUUGUAUGGUGAAAAAGGGAAGUAGGGGGCAUUUAACAAAUCACUGGU